AAAAAUUAAAAUAAAUAACCAAAUAUACUAAUGUUAUAUAUGUGGAUGUGAUAACAAAUAUCGCAAUACGAAAAUGGACAAGAAAAUUCAACCAUUAUCAGUGUCAUCGCAUUCCAAUUUCUUUUCCUCGCUAAAACAGGUUGAAAAGAGGUUAAAAUUAGAACAAACUUCACUGCCAAUAGAAUCUCAGAUACAAGAAAGCACUUUGGGUUCUCCUAUGUUCCUCCAACCCAGUGGUAGCCAGAAUUCUGCAUCCCAAGAUAGCAGUGAACCUCCUCAAGCGUUUCUCUCGGUUUCCCAGGAAUUUCCAGAACCCAAUCAGGGUCCUUCUCAAACGGAUCCUGAAAAUGAAGCUGAAGAUGAUGACAUUGGAGUGUUAAUGCAGCUAUUGGGGUUAACGGAAGAACAAGAAGAAAGAGGUGGUUUUGAUGAUGGUGGUUCUUGUCACUGUGAAGGUGGGUUUUAUGAAAAAAUUGUUGGUGUGGAAGGGCCCAAGUGUGGGAAGGAGGUGCAGAGGUUAGAUGGGUGGAUCAAGCACUUUCUGAGUGGUGGUAGGGAGAAGCAGGAACCCUUGAGAUUGGCACACCUGCUUUUAGGGAAAGCUGCUUUUAUUUCUGAUGGUGCUUUUGGAGGAUUGGACUUCCCUUCAACCAUUCAAGAAUUUCUUCACACUGAUCCACCCAGUAAUUGAGGCCAUCCCCCAUUUUCUUAUUACUCUUUAGCUUUCUUCUUUCUAUUUGUUACAUGCAAAUGCAAUCAGUUUGUUGAAAUUGGAUCAUGUAGUCUACACGCAGACGCUCUAUCAAAAUUUCUUUUAGUAAAUCUUCAAUCUGAAUUCUAUUUGUUACUUUGAAU